AUAUCUGAGCUGGGCUUGCGCGUGACUUAUAUUUCAGCGAGUAGAGAAGUGAGCAGUUGAUUAAAACAGUCAAAGAGGCGAGAAUGAUGGCGAUGUAUCCUUACUCAUCAACACAACCGGGCGCAAACGGAAUGAUGCAUUACCAAGGUUAUGAUUUCUAUCGUCCAAAUCAUCCUUACCCUAGUAUGCAUUAUCCAAUGACAUACCCUGGUUCUCAAUACAGACCUGAUCCUUAUUAUAAUGCAACUAUGGUUAGGGCAAGUACCGCCGCUAAAGAUAUGGUUAAACCACCAUACAGCUACAUUGCUUUAAUAGCCAUGGCCAUUCAAAAUCAACAUGACAAGCGCAUCACACUCUCAGGAAUAUAUCAAUGGAUUAUGGAUAGAUUCCCUUACUACCGCGAUAAUAAACAAGGCUGGCAGAACUCUAUUAGACAUAAUCUCAGUCUAAAUGAAUGUUUUGUCAAAGUCGCUCGAGAUGACAAAAAGCCUGGGAAAGGUAGUUAUUGGACGCUAGAUCCUGAUAGUUAUAAUAUGUUUGAGAAUGGAAGUUAUUUAAGAAGAAGAAAACGCUUUAAAAGAAAAGCGAAAAAGGACGAAAUUGAGACGGGAAGCGACGCGGGUAAAAAUGAAGAUAAGACCGAAAGAGCUGCCAGCACCUCUGCUGAAAGUCUGCAGAGCGAAGAAAAUGAUGAAAGUUUAUUAAAUAAUAACAAAGACGAAGAACUGAAAUCGUCUUGUAUGAAGAAACAAGAUCAUUGUGGCAUAAGAAAUGAGCAGGAACAUUGUACUUUAAGAAACGAUAAAGAACAUUGUCUCAGAACAGACGCAGAUAUCACAAGUCUUUCACCAGUUAUGAAAAGUCCAAAACUAGAAGCACAAAGUCCUAUUCAUUCAAACAGCUCAUCGCCAGCCCAAGAUAGUCGAGGAAAUCACAUCAAUCCUUCGUGUAGUCUACCUGGUGGUUAUAACGAGUUUAAUUUCCCUGCCUCGUCCUACAAUUAUCCUCAAACACCUUACCACCAAAUGGAAAAAGUCACAAAUAACUACCAGUCCCAAUGUGAAUACCCACAACAACAAAUUCCUCAAAAUUACGCCAAUGGUUACAUCCCACAUUCGCCUCGUGUGGCAAAUCAUUCCCCACACAUCGUACAAUCGGAAACUGCGCCAUCCAGACAUGCAUACUUACCACAAUAUCCUAGCCAAGAUCAUUACAACGAAAGUCAACGCAAUGCUAACACACAAAUGAAUACAACAAAUUCGUGGUAUCUACGCGAACAAACAACCCCGCCAUAUUCUAGCCCCGAUAACACGCAAAUUAUGCAAAACACCGCGGCAUCAGGCUUUCCUAACGUACGGGAAAUGUUUGAAGCGCAACGUCUAGCAGUAAACUCACAAAACCCAGAACAUUUAAUGAACUCAAAUUACGGUAACAUUGAAUCAGGUUAUUUUCAAGCAAGCAAUAGUUGGUAAAAUAUAGUUUUAAGUAUCUUGAUAUUUAGUAUAAUAUAAGAACGGUUGAACUGAUAGUAUUUGACAAUUUCUCCCGUAUCCGCUUUGGGAUAAUCAACUAUAGUUAAACUUCGCUUCUUCAUGCGUGUUUAUAAAUAAGUCCGUUAUUUGGCGUAAGUAUUUAAUUCUGUUGUAAAAAUGCUAUUUUGUGCAUAGGAUUUGUAAGAUAUAAAACAUUAAUAGAUGAAUAUACUUAUUAUUUGUAUGUAGCUACUAUCAGCGACGGAGUUACGCUGCGGCAGUAUAAAAUUGUGUUUCGCCGAGUGAAAAUAUACAUGCAUGCAUAUAUAUAUAUAUAUAUACCUUGCAUGGUCGCUGAACGAUACCGCCGGACUUGUUAUUUAAGGAGUAAACUAGAAAUGAUCUGCCUUGUUUAAUAUCAUUCAGUCUGCGAAAUAAACUUUGGAGAGCCGUUAAGCCCGCUUUCUUAAGACUAAGCUACUAACAAGGUGGCAACAGUUUUGCGUUCUUCAGUCGUGCGUUUUCAAACAAGUCACGCACUAUUUUGUGCUGAAUAAUUGUUUCCCACAAAAACUGCUUGUGUUCUUUAAUGACAACCGCAGGUGAACUGAGCUAAAGGAAAUCAACUGUAGUAAGGCACAGUUGGAUUAGUUUUAGCCUCAAAGUUGGGUGCCGUGAUUUUGUU